AUGGAAUACACGGAUCAAGGGAAGUUCAAACACCAAAUCUUCCAACUCAACCAACAGGAAUUGCGAUGGUCACCUCCGCCAACGGGAGUGUUUCGUCUCGACACAGAUGGCUCGGUGAAUCUACAGCAAGCUGCAUGUGGUGGAACCAUAAGAGAUGAGAACGGUAAUUGGAUUACAGGUUUUCAAAAACGACUUGGACGUGUCCCCUCAACCAUAGCAGAACUAAUUGGGAUUACCACUGGACUUCAAAUCUGCAAACAACAAGGUUUUGACAAAGUGUUGGUCUAUACCGACUCACUUGAGGCUAUCCACCUACUCAUGAUAGACAGUGGAGGACACCAUCCUUUUAGUACAGAGAUCACUGAAGGGAGGAGGCUGAUAUUCUCUGAUUGGGAAAUUGAACUUAGAUAUGCACCUAGGGAGUCCAUACAGUGUGCAGAUUUUCUGGCAAGAGAAGCACAUCACAUCGUGGAGGACAUGAAGAUUUUAAACGAACCCCAUCCUGGAUGUUUUGAUCGCCUACGUUUAGAUAGGGUUUAA